AUGACAGCAAUCGCUCCAAUUACAGGCACUUUGAGAAGAAGAAUAUUCACAGAUAUCUUUAUUGGAUUCUCGUUAGGUGGUGUUAUCGCAUCAUAUUGGUGGUGGGGGUUCCAUAAGCAAAAAGUUAACAAAAGAGAAGAUUAUUACGCUAAAUUAGCGGAAUUGAAAAAUCAAGAGGAAUGA